GUUGUCAACCUUGCUCGCAAACGAACCGUCAACAACCAAUAUAAAAGUGGCACGUUUAAUAUUUUGGUAGUAAUCAAGUUCAUUUUCUAGAAUUUCGGAAAAUUAGUAGCUACUCGACAUGUCCAAAGCCGAGAGCAAAGAAGCAACUAUACGACAGCUCUACACCGAGCUGAAUAAACUUGGUUCCAAUGGGGAGUACGAAAAAGCCUUAAAAGCGGCCAACAAGAUUCUAGCACUCGAUCAAAACGAGCUCGAAGCACUCCAGUGUAAGCUCGUGUGUCUGAUCCAGGUGUCCAAGUUCGAGGAGGUGCUCAAGUUCCUCGAUCGCACUCAGCCAGCUCAUGACUGUACCUUCGAGCGGGCAUAUUGCGAGUACCGUCUGAACCAACCGGAAGCGGCAUACAAGACGAUCCAAAACAGUGGAAUCAAACCACUGCCAUCCAAUUUGAAGGAACUACUUGCACAGAUUCUCUAUCGUCUUGAGCGUUUCGAGGAAAGUUUCGACCUGUACAAGGAUAUUAUAAAAAAUACCCACGAUGACUACGACGACGAGCGAACGACCAAUUUGAGUGCGGUGGUGGCAAAUCUUUGCGUAGAAGGCACCAAAAAGGAGUUGCCAACUUUGCGGGAAGACACGUACGAGCUGACGUACAAUGCAGGUUGUGCGCUUGCCGGCAACCAGCAGUUUCCAGAAGCUGAAAAGAAAUUACGAGCCAGCGAAAAGAUGUGCCGAGAAUUCCUAGAAGAAGACGGGGCCACGGAAGAUGAUAUCAUGGAUGAGGUAGCGAUUAUUAAAGUUCAACUAGCUUACUGCUUGCAGAUGCAGGGAAAAUCCAAGGAAGCCUCUGUCAUCUACACGGACGCGUUGAAGCAUAAGACGAACGAUCACGCUCUGACGGCAGUGGCGAGCAACAAUCUGGUAGUAAUCAACAAGGAUCAAAAUGUGUUCGAUUCGAAGAAAAAAAUGAAGGCAGCUACUUCCGAACAGGCUGAACAUAAAUUAACCUCCAAGCAGAAAAAGAUAAUAGCAUUUAACAACUGUCUGCUGGCAUUCUUUACCAAUCAAGCCGAUUGUCACAUGUUAGCAAGCCGACUGGGUAAUUCCUAUCAGGACAUGGAGUUUCAAUCAUUGUUGGUACGAGUUAGCCAGUUGGCAAGAGACAAAAAAUACAAGGAUGGCGUUGAUCUGCUAGAAAACUACUCCAAGAAGCAGCCGACGCAGGAAUUAGAAGUUAAGUUUGCCAUAGUUCAGCUUCAGCUGUUGGCUGGAAAUCGAAAAGCCGCCGUAGAAACUCUGGAAAGUCUUGGAGAAGCCAAGUAUCGACCUGGUGUUGUAUCGGCACUUGUUACUCUUUAUCUUGGUUUGGACAACAAAGCUGCAGCCUCAAGUAUUCUGAAGAAUGCAGUAGAGUGGUAUAAAAAGAAUAAGGGUACCGCAGGUGGAGAUCUUACAGACAUGUGGCGACAGGCCGCCAGUUUCCAUCUACGUGGUGGUGAAUCCGAAACAGCAGCUAAAAGUUUGGAGGAGCUUCUGAAAACGAAUCCAACCGAUAUGAAAAUUCUUGCUCAGUUGGUAAUUGCAUAUGCACAAUUUAAUCCGAAGAAGGCUCAAGAAGCCAGUAAAAAACUUCCAGCUUUAGACACUCUGACAACUGCGUCCGAAAUCGAUGCACUGGAAGCCACUAACUGGAUGAUGAUUGCCAAGGCAGUGAAGAAGAAAAUACCGGCCUCGGGUAAAUCGGAUCAAUCGCCUAGUACACCUGGUAGUGAGAAGGCUAAGAAACUAAAGAAGGUAACACGUAAACGCAAGGGAAAGCUACCGAAGAACUACGAUGCUAGUUCUGCUCCCGAUCCGGAACGUUGGUUGCCACGUUACGAACGUACCGGGUAUCGAAAGAAGCGGGAUCGUCGUGUGAAGGAAGUCAUAAAGGGCAGUCAGGGAACCGCUUCAGGCCAGGCGGAUCAAUAUGACAUGAGCAAGUCUUACAACCAGACUCGGCAGUCUCCGGCUACACCGGCGGCACAUGAAGUUGCACCUUCCGGUCCAGCUCCCAGACAACUACCGAGGAAAAGCCAGCAUAAAAAGAAGAAGGGGAAGCAUUAAUAAUGUUUAGUAAUAACAAUGAUAACAUUGCAUGUCUUUGAAAUGUACCGAUUUCAGUCUUUAUUAUUCAAAUCAUUAAAGAUAAAAGCAAA